AUGGCUCUUACAUUCUCCAAAGCGGGACCUUUGAAGCCAGAGAUUCGACUAGCUCAGGCCGUAUCCCAAUUCGAAGCGAGCCUUUCCGCUGGACAGAAAGAUGCAUUCAGGAGCCAACGGGAACAGGCGAUGAAGUCUUCUCCGAGUACUAUGGAUGUUAUGCGAAUCACGGCAGAAAUCGAUAAUUCGCGCAAAGUGGGAGAGCGCUGCUUUGGAACUCGGUUUACCAAGUUUCUCCAUGGAGCGCAACAGUUUGCUUCUCUUGGCGACGUGGUCGUGGGCAGCUCCCAGAAUGUCGUUGCUUGUGGUGUGUGGGCAGUGAUACGGAUGAGCUUAUUGGCGACUACUACCCGUUCAGUAUACAUCGAAAGCCUGUCUUCCCUCCUUAUGGAAGCUGGCCAUUCGACUCGACAGCACUCAGAUUUGGCAGUAUUAUACCCCCGCUCAAAAUCUUUGCAAACCAACAUCACCGAGUUUUUCAUUGUUGUAGUACAAAUAUGUUUUCGUUUCCACCGGUAUGCUCAGAAAUCUGCUUUGGGCAAGUUCACAUCGUCGCUCAAUGAUAGCGAUAUCAAAGAAGCACGAUCGAGCCUCAUAGCUUGGUCAAAAUCGAUCCAAGAAGAGAUCACGACACUUAUCGCACAAAAGGUAGAGAAAGAAGCUGAGAGCAAUUCGCGCUUCAGAGCACUGAUGAGCUUGAACUCUAAGAGCGCUUCUGAACAGCAAAGGCAAAUUGCUCUUCAAAAUAUCUUGAAUCGCUGUUCGACCAACGACUACGAGACCACACGUAAACAGAUCCGCAAGGCUGGCAAUACCUGUUUGUAUAAGCGGCUCCCUGAGUACAACCAAUGGGUAGUGGCACCAGCUUCAGCGACCCUUAUCCUGGUUGGCAAACUGGGAUAUGGGAAAUCCGUCACGCUUGCGAACAUCGUGGAUGAUCUCAUCCUGCGAAUCGACCCUGAAGCUUCUGGACUAGCAUAUUUCUUUUGUCGACACGAUCUUCCUGAGAGCAAACACGCAAAAACGGUGAUGGGUGCACUCAUACGCCAGAUCAUCAGCCCACUCAAACAUCUCCUAGAUGAAUCGAAAGUCUUGGAAACGUCUUAUCUUUCUCAACUUCUUGGUCUCAUGCGUCACGUCGUCCCAUCCGACCAUGUCAUUUAUAUCAUACUAGACGGCCUGGACAUAUGUCCUCCCUCAGAACAAAAGACAAUCAUGGAGCACUUGGAACUUAUGACGACACAUCUCAACGUACACGUUUGCAUUUCCCGCCGACUGGAACCUGAAACUGAAUUGCAGUCUAUCGGGAAAGACUUUUCAAAGGCGACUGUGGCCAGGCUUCCCGAUAACUCUUCGGACAUUGAGACUUACAUCGUAGCGCAAUUGGAGGCCGCGUUAUUGGACGGAUCUCUGGCCCUAGGCAAUCCCGCCAUUAUCCUGGAGAUACAAGACGCUCUUUUGAAGGGCUCACAGGGUAUGUUCCUUUGGGUUACUCUCCAGAUUCAGUCGAUUUGCACGAUGCAGACUGAUCACAGGAUUCGAGAAGUGCUCACCAACUUGCCGCAAAGUCUUUCACAGAUCUACAGCCAAAUACUGCAGCAAGCAAAAUGUCUUGACCGGGCACUACGAUCAAACAUAUUUAAACUUCUAUUGGCUGCGAGACGGCCACUCACGCUUCCCGAGAUGCGAGAAGCAUUGAGCGUCACCCCAGGCAACACUACUUGGAAUUCUUCCAAGCUUCUGAACAGUAUAUAUCCGGCACUAGCAACCUGUGGUUGCCUUGUCACCGUCGACGAGGAGGAACAUACGAUACGUACAGUUCAUCCGAGUGUGAACCAGUUCUUGCUCCAGGAUAGUCUCACAACCAAAGACAUAGUCCAAGGGACAAUCGAGGAUGCGCAGUUACUAAUGUCAUCGAUCAUCAUCACUUACCUCGGUUACGGCGUCUUUGGCACGGAGCUUGUUGUUCGUCUGCCUGUGUUCAAUGUAGGAUUAACGCCCGCUCACAUCAUGAACUAUACGACAGGGGCAAGCAAGAGUGUUCGAGCUAUGGCUUUGAAGCUAUUGGGGUCAAGAAAGCAGGCCAACUUCGAUGCUUCCAACACUUUUGCUCAAAACUUCAAGUUGCCAAGGGCGCCAAACAGGGACGACUUCGCCUUCCAGCAUUACGCAAAGCUGUAUGCUCUACAGCAUCUAUCAGAACUCCCUGCUGUAUCAUGCGCUUUUGCAGAAAACUUGUUACGGAUGCUCAAAAGUGGCGCAAUAAUGACUUGGAGGCAAUUGAAGCUCUGA